AUGGCUUUAAUCGGAAAUGACGCCGACAACAAUGAACUCAAUGACGGUAAUGGAAACCGUGGACCUGAAAUGACUCUUGAAGAAAUAAGGGCAAGGCUUGAUGAACUAAAGAACGAUCCCAUCUUUGGAGACGCCCAAGUCGAAAAUAAUAACAAUAAUCAAAUGGAAUUGUUAAAAUUAAUGAUGAUGGAAAUUAUACAAGGGAAUCGCCAAAAGACAAGAACUGAAGAAGAAGAAUGCUCCAACAUGUUCAAGAAGUUUGCCUCCCAUAAGCCACCUACUUAUGAUGGAAAACCGGACCCAACGGAGUUUGAGGAAUGGCUUAGCGAUAUGGAGAAGUUGUUCGACGCUACUCAAUGUCCGGAUAAGAAUAAGGUGAACUUUGCCGUCUUUUAUCUAAAAGGGAAAACCGAUCUUUGGUGGAAGAGCGCAAAAGGAAUGCAAAAUGAUCCUGAAUUUGGUUGGGGUAAGCUCAAGAUAGCCAUGCGAAACCAAUUUUACCCACAAUCUCUGCAAUUGCAAAUGGAAUCGGAUUUCGUCCAUCUUAAGCAACGACAAAUGUCAGUCUUGGAGUAUGCGGUGAAAUUCAACGAGCUUUCCCGUUUUGCCCCAGAUAUGGUCUCCACCGAUAGGCAAAAGAUGAACCGCUUUGAAGGUGGAUUAAACCUCGAUCUCCGCGAGCGCCUAUCUUCUUACCUGAGCAACUCUUAUCAAGAGUUGUAUGAUAGAGCUAUCAACGUGGAGAGAAUGAUGAAACUGCGAGAAGAAAUAAUUGGAAAUGCAAAGAGAAAAGGAAACACUCAUGGAGGAAAUUCAAGCCAUGGGUCCUACAAGAAACCAAAUGUUGGGAACUAUGGAGGAAAUAAUCAACACUCUAACAGGCCUCAAGUGUGCAACAAAUGCGGGAAACGUGGUCAUAUUGAAAGGAAUUGUCGAGUUGGUACUGGACAAUGCUACAGAUGUGGGAGCAAGGAACACCAAGUUAAGGAUUGCCCUCGACCAGCACCCCAAUACCCAAACGACAACAGGAAUGGACAAAAUGGCCCCAAUUGCGGAAACGGUGGUAAUGGAAACUUCAACCGUAAUCCUCCGCGCAAACCUCCGCAAAAUGGAAGGGUGUUUGUGAUGCAGAAAGAUGAAGUUGAUGGAAAUAAUGAUGUCAUUACUGGUACUUUCCUUAUCCAUUCUAAUCCCGCCUAUGUUCUUUUUGAUUUGGGAGCUACACAUUCAUUUAUUUCUUCAUCAUUUGCUAAACGCCUAAAAUUGAAACCAUGUUCUGAAUUUUCUAGCAUGUCUAUGACCAUACCUUCGGGAAAAUCUUUGGCUUGUGAUGUCAUGUAUAAGGAUUGUCCAAUCACUAUAGGAAGAUGUGAAUUCCCGAGUAACCUAGUCCAAUUCGAACUAACUGACUUUGAUGUGAUUUUGGGAAUGGAUUGGUUGUCAAAGUAUCAUGGUGACAUAAGUUGCCUUCACCAUAGAGUAACCCUUAGAGGGUUAGAUGGGAAAAUGGUGUCAUACCGAAAUAGGGUAGGUAAACCAAAAGUUAAGAUGAAAUACCUGGCAUGCCCCCACAAAGAGAAAUAG